AUGGCUGCAGGAAAGUUUGCAAGUCUUCCCAGAAACAUGCCAGUGAAUCACCAGUUCCCCCUCGCCUCGUCCAUGGACCUUCUGAGCAGCAAGUCCCCUCUCGUUGAGCGUCGUGCAGAUGCCUAUCAAGACGUGUCUAUACAUGGCACCCUUCCCCGGAAGAAGAAAGGCCCCCCUCCCAUCAGGUCCUGUGAUAACUUCAGUCAUGUGGGGACCCUCCCCCAUUCCAGAUCCCCACGGCAGCACUCACCUCUGAGCCAUGACAUCAUCCAGGAGCGGCCCCUGCAAGACUGGAGAGGUGAAGCCUUCACCUUCAGGGAUCAGCAUCUUCUGGACCCAACUCUGGAAUAUGUGAAGUUCUCCAAGGAGAGGCACGCCAUGGACAGGACCCCCGAGAAGCUGAAGAAGGAGCUGGAGGAGGAGCUGCUACUGAGCAGUGAGGAUCUGCGCAGCCACGCCUGGUACCACGGCCGCAUCCCCCGACAGGUGUCAGAAAACCUCAUGCAGCGAGAUGGUGACUUCCUGGUUCGUGAUUCUCUGUCCAGCCCGGGGAACUUCGUCCUGACCUGCCAGUGGAAGAACCUGCCUCAGCACUUCAAGAUCCGCCGGACGGUGGUGCGGCUCAGCGAGGCCUACAGCCGCGUGCAGUACCAGUUUGAGAUGGAGAGCUUCGACUCCAUCCCCGGCCUGGUGCGCUGCUAUGUGGGCAACCGGCGGCCCAUCUCGCAGCAGAGUGGAGCCGUCAUCUUCCAGCCCGUCAACAGGACGGUGCCCCUGCGUUGCCUGGAGGAGCGCUACGGAGCCUCCUCCCCAGACCCGGCCCACGAGGGCAGCCUCACGGAGGGGAGACCGGAUGCGGCCAAGAGGCUGAGCCUCACUGUGGGCGGCACCCAGGCCCGAGAGCAGGGCUUGCCCAGGGGCAACCUCCUCAGAAAUAAAGAGAAGAGUGGGAGCCAGCCAGCCUGCCUGGAUCACAUGCAGGACAGAAGAGCCUUGUCCCUCAAAGCCCACCAGUCGGAAAGUUACCUGCCAAUUGGUGGUAAGCUGCCCCCUCAGUCCCCAGGUGUGGGCACAAACCCCUGCCCAAGCUCACCAGUGUUCAGGACGGGCAGCGAGCCGACUUUGAGUCCAGCUGUGGUGCGGAGGGUCUCCUCAGAUGCUAGGCCAGGGGAGGCGCUGAGGGGCUCAGACAGCCAACUAUGCCCCAAGCCGCCCCCCAAGCCCUGCAAGGCACCCCUGCUCAAAGCUCCCCGAUCUCCAUCUAUCUGGCUCAACUCUGAAGCCAACUACUGUGAACUGAACCCAGCCUUGGCGGCCGGCUAUGAGGGGGCAUCUAGGCUGCCCUUCUGUGCCCAGGACAGCUACGUGGAAUUGCUGACAGCCAAGCAGAAUGGGGGGCUGGGCACCCGGAACUCUGACACCAGCUACUUGAUCCUUGAUGAUGAUGACAGGACAAGGCCUUGGAAGCCGCCGCCAGCCCCAGGGGACACAGGGCGGGAGGACCAGGACAUGUUUGUGGUGCCUCUCCUAGAGACCACCUCUUCAUUCAAGCCCAAUGACUUUGGGUCAAAGCUGCUUCCUCCUGAGAACAAGCCCCUGGAAACUUCGAUGCUGAAGCGUGCAAAAGAACUGUUCACCAACAAUGACCCCAAGGUCAUCGCCCAGCACUUGCUCAGCACAGACUGCAAGGUCGCGAGGAUACUUGAAGUCUCGGAAGAGAUGAGGAAGAACAUGGGCGUGAACUCAGGGCUGGAGCUCAUCACCUUGCCUUAUGGUCACCAACUGCGCCUGGACAUCAUUGAAAGACACAACACGAUGGCCAUCGGCAUUGCAGUGGACAUUUUGGGCUGCACGGGCAGUCUGGAGGAGAGAGCAGCCACCCUCAAUAAGAUCAUCCAGGUGGCCGUGGAACUGAAAGACUCCAUGGGGGACCUCUAUUCUUUCUCAGCCAUCAUGAAGGCCUUGGAAAUGCCACAGAUCACGCGGUUAGAAAAAACGUGGACUGCCCUGCGGCACCAGUACACACAAACCGCCAUCCUCUAUGAGAAGCAGCUGAAGCCUUUCAGCAAAAUCCUGCAUGAAGGCAGAGAGUCCACAUGUGUUCCCCCAAACAAUGUAUCAGUCCCACUGCUGAUGCCUCUUGUGACCUUAAUGGAGCGCGAGGCUGUCACUUUUGAAGGAACUGACAUGUGGGAAAAAAACGAUGAAAGCUGUGAGAUUAUGCUGAACCAUCUGGCAACAGCCCGACGCAUGGCGGAAGCUGCAGACAGCUACCGGAUGAAUGCUGAGAGGAUCCUGGCAGGUUUUCAACCAGAUGAAGAAAUGAGUGAAGUCUUCAAGACUGAAUUCCAAAUGAGAUUGCUAUGGGGCAGCAAAGGUGCACAAGUCAAUCAGACAGACAGAUAUGAAAAAUUCAAUCAGAUUUUAACUGCCCUCUCACGUAAACUGGAACCUCCUCCUGUAAAGCAGAUGGAGUUUUGA